AGUACAUAGAACUUACGUUCUAGAAACACGUCAGUCGUUUCGCACGUACUCGUGACUUAGCAGUCGACAGCAGGUGCUGUUACAGCUAAACACAACAACAAUGGCAGAAUGUAAAGAGAUAAUGUACUUUGAUCUUCGAACGGUGCAUGAUCAUUUUGAUCGAUCGCUACUCGACGAGGACGACAUUGACAUCCGGGCUUACCUCGAAGCUUACAAUGAACUCUACAAAUUCUUCCAGCUGAUGGGCAGCGUGUUUAGCUUUGUUUCGUCAGACCUCAAACAGAAGAUAGAAAUUCUGCAGGGCUUAAUCGAUAAGGAUCAGGAAAAUUACGUUACCGUCAAAAAAAUGAUAGAAUACGAAAAAGAGAACAAUCUGUUGCGAAAAAGCGAUUUUGUAAACGGUGCUCGGACUCUUCUCAGGCUGCACAGAGGACUUGAUUUUAUAUCGGAAUUUUUAAGACAGCUGGGCGAGUUAUCUGAUAGUGAUAAUACUUCAACAUGCUGCAAAGACGCGUACAACAAAACGUUAGCGAAACAUCAUCCCUGGCUUAUUCGGAAAGCAGCCAUCGUUGCGAUGUAUACAAUGCCAAGCAGAGAGAUGCUAUUUAAAAAGGUUUGCGGGGAUAACGUUCAGAAGAACGUAGAUGCGUUACCAAAAAUGUUGGAAAUUACCAGCCACGUUAUUACGCGAACCCACACUGUCUAUGAAGUACACGAGCUUCAUGCACUGCCAUAAUUGCUUAGAUUAGAAAACAAUUUAGCUGAUAAAAGGCUGGAAAUAAGUGAGGCACUAAAACUACAAAUAUUAUUGCAGUUCUGAAAUGUAUCGCGAACAUUCCAUACACUGCUUAAUCUGAUCUAGGGUCUUUCGAAACAUUCUACGUUGUAUGGUUUCAUUAAUUGUGAUAACUAAUUCAUAAGAGAUAUUAUUUGAUUUAAUAUUUAAAUUUUUGCACAUUAGACGAAUUUAUCCACACUGUUAUAGCACAACUAGCGAAAUUACUCGGAUUUCCGGAGUACGUACUUAUUUAUGAUCCUAGAAUACGCUGUAAAUCGUCUUUAUAUACAAGUUGUAAAAAACAUUAUUUAAUGAUAUAUUGUAAGUUUAGAUUUUAUAACAGCAUUUAUUGUACAAAAUAAUCACGUUUCGCAAUACAACUUGA